AUGUCUGAACUGAAGAAUUGGGAAGAUACUCUAGAUGAGAGUGAAGAAUGUGAAGGAAGUAUUGAAAAUAUAUCAAAUAAACUAAGAAACAACUUGAAAUUGCAUAGUAAUGAUGAACCUCAACAGGACACAAGAUCUGUAGUUGAAAAAGAGCAUAAUAUUGAUCAUGAAAUAUUAAAUAAUGAGGUGAUAUCUUUAACUACAAAAGGUCAAAACACAGUAUCCAAUAAGUCACCAAUAUCUUCAACAUUACUAGAACCAGAUUCUAGACCACACAUGAAUAUUGUAUUUAUUGGUCAUGUAGAUGCAGGAAAGUCAACAACAUGUGGUAACAUCUUGUAUACAUGUGGCUUAGUUGAUCAAAGAACAAUGGAGAAGUAUGAAAGGGAGGCAAGGGAAAAGAAUCGUGAAUCUUGGUUUUUAGCAUUUAUAAUGGAUACUAAUGAAGAAGAGAGAAGUAAGGGAAAGACAGUUGAAGUUGGUAGAGCUCAAUUUAGUUUAGAAAAUAGAAGAUUCACAAUAUUAGAUGCACCUGGUCACAAAAGUUUUGUUCCAAAUAUGAUAUCUGGUGCUAGUCAGGCAGAUAUUGGCGUAUUAAUUAUUUCUGCAAGGAAAGGUGAAUUUGAAACAGGAUUUGAACGUGGUGGACAAACUAGAGAACAUGCAAUGCUAGCUAAAACACUUGGAGUUAAUCAGUUGAUCGUUGCAAUCAAUAAGAUGGAUGAUCCAACUUGUCAAUGGGAUGAAACACGAUAUAAGGAUAUACAGAAAAAACUUACUCCAUAUUUAAAAAUAUGUGGGUAUAACCCAAAUAAAGAUAUAUUUUUUGUCCCAAUAUCUGGACAAUUAGGGCAGAAUCUAAAAUAUCAUGUCUCAGAUAAAUCUAAUACAAAAUAUUACGAACCUAAAGCUUUUUGGUAUAGUACAGACCAACCUACACUUUUUGAUAUUAUGGACAAGAUUAUAUCAGUUCCAGAUAGAGGUAUUAAUUCAUCUGGGAUACCUAUUGAUCCUGAAGUAGUUAGAAUUCCACUAUUAGAUGGAUAUAGGGAUAAUGGUGUUAUUGCAAUGGGAAAAAUUGAAUUAGGUAUUAUAAAUUGUGGAGAUAGUUUAGUUGUCAUGCCUAAUAAAGUUAAAGUUAAAAUUCAGAGUAUAUGGUUGGGUGAAGAUACUGAAGAAUAUAGUUGGUCAGGUCCAGGGGAAAAUGUACGUUUGAAACUUGUUAAUAUUGAUGAAGAUUCGUUGAAUAAGGGAUUUGUUUUAUGCUCACCAAGUAGUCUCUGUCCUGUUGUUACAAAAUUUAAAGCUCAAAUAUUACUUGUUGAAUUGCUAGAACAACGUCCUAUCUUAACUAGUGGAUAUCAAUGUAUUAUUCAUGCUCAUACUUGUUGUGAUGAAAUCUCUAUAGAUGAGUUACUUGAAGCUGUAGAAUUAUCAACAAAAAAGAAAAGAAUUAAACCAGCAUUUGUUAAAUCUCAAUAUAUGCUUAUUUGCACAGUAAUUCUUACAAACCCACUUUGUCUUGAGGAAUUUGCAAAAUGUCCUCAAAUGGGGAGAUUUACUUUAAGAGAUGAAGGAAAAACAAUUGCUGUAGGUAAAAUUUUAGAAAUUCUAGAAACUAUUUAG